AAAGCACUUUAGAUUAGUGAAAUGAGAACAUUUGUAAUUGAAUAGUAAGUAUAGUUAUCGUUUCAUUCAAAUAAUUAAAAUGAUUGGACUUAAAAGUGGAGAGAAAGUUAAAAAAAUUGCUGUGAUCGGUGCUGGUCCAGCUGGGUUGUGUUGUACAAAAAAUGCUCUUGAUUAUGGUCAUGAUGUCAUUGUUUACGAGCAAAAUUCAAGAGUGGGCGGUUUGUGGAACUACAGUGAUCAAGUGGGUAAUGAUAAGUAUGGCAUUCCGAUUCAUAGUAGCAUGUACAGCGGAGUGUUUCCGUAGUCAAAAAAUAAAAAAAUGGUAGUCGUUAAUUAAAAGUGCAAAAAAUUCUAAGACAAAUCAUGACAUUUAUACAAAGCAUCGAAUGAUAUUGGCACUUCCCGAAGCAAAAAAUUUUUUAUAGCAAAAUGUGUCUAAUGUCAAAAUAUUGAAUUAGCAUUAUUGAUGUGAACCGAGCCCUAUGACAUUUGACGUUCAUUUCAUUGGUUUUCGUAAUGUCAUAAUCGCCGCUUCACUUAUACCGAGAACACGUUCGGCGUUGUGAAUAGGAAGUUUACGACAUAAAGUACAGCAGUGUUAAUUCCAAUUCAACGUUUCAAUUAUUCUACGAUUUUGUUAAUAAUUCAUAUUAUUUUCGAUAUACGUGCGUUUUGUAUCAAUUUAUUCCGAAUUGUUCAACACUUGAUCGAUCGAUUGAUCCGGAGUCCAAGCAGAUUGUUGAAUUCAAAUCACCGAAAAUGGCGAAUCGCUUCAAGCCAUCCAUACCAGCGAAGGGAGAAACGAAGGAUGAGAUUACGACGAUCAAAUGUGCGCUGAAGACAAUCAUUCGCCCACAAUUCCAGCAAGCAUUGAUGAGCAAAAUAACGGACCUGAGUUUGCAAGCCACUUCAAUUUCCUUUUUGGGCUCAUUACUGUUCUUGUUCGAGGUGCAAAAGGCGUACGAGCAUAGGCCUUGAGAAUAAUGAUUUCGCAUUCUUUGGUGGAAGUGGAGAAAAAAAGAUCCAACUCUGCUUUAACCAAGUGCUAUGGCAAAACAAUCAGCCACCGAAACCGAAAAAGUCGACGUACAGACCACGAGGAAAAAAGCCACGAGGACCACGACCAGAGCUGCCAGCUAUCGACCCUGAAUUCAAAGCAAUUGUCGAAGGUCUUGACGACUAUCAUGGUAUCGAUUGGCCCAACAACAAUGAUUUCAGCAAUGGCCUAAAGCAUAUCACCAAUCAAUACACAGACAACGUCGUCACCAACUCAACAACGCAUCCUGACAAAAAGAUCACCCAGUACUUGAGACUAAAAGUGUUCGAAUUGAACACAGACGGAGAAGAGGACGCAGAGAAAUUUUUGCAAAGUGACAUCGAAAGUGUUGUAAAACUGAUCAUCAAAGAAAAAAACAUCAGAGUGCCAAUUCACGAUCCAAACAAACUCGAACGGUGUGGCUUUUUGUAUGACAUGGUGAACGACCUGAAUGUGUUUCCAGAAAUCGAUCUGCAUGACCUCACGACUGACGAAAAACAUUGGUUUAAGGCCAUGCCAAUGUUCCUAUCUAUGCAACGCGAGAUAGAAGAGUACAACUUGGAGUGGCCAUAUCAGCACCGAUCCAAACGAAAGAAAAGAAAGCGCAAAAAGUCAAAGCGUCGCCCCAAGCGCAAACAAAUGCUCGACGAUCCAAACUUUCGGCCAUUCAUCCGGAAUUUAGUAGUGGUGCCGAUGUGUGAUUUUCGCCGAAAGCACUACAAAAUCGAUUGUUCAAGCAUGCACCAAGUGUUGUCUUCGCAAGAAUUGCUACCGAAAGUGGAAGUUGAAAACAAAAACGGAACAACAAGCAUGGUAAUUCUUCCACAAAAGGAUUUCAACGCUGCGCGUGAUCAUUGGUGGAAUCAGUAUUUCUACAUGCGGAAAAUUCGGCGAUUCGUGCGUGGAAAAAAGAAGUUUGAUUUUUCCAUAAACACCGAUGGAAUCGCUGUGUCUCUGCAAUACUCGGCCAAAAAGAAGACGAAUAGCACAGAAUACGACCGUUCUCGCAUCGUUGAAAUGAUUUUGGAUGGCAAAUUCGAAAAUUUUGCAGGCGUUGAUACAGGCUUGAAAAGUUGGAACACCACAGUGACACACAACAUUAUAACUGGCACCGAAACUAACUUCGUAAUGUCGAGUAAGCAGUUUCACUGGAAAACAGGCCAAAACGUGCGAAAUGCCAAAGCAAAGCGUUGGACCAAAAAGUUUACCGAAGAGGAGCGCCGAGACAGAGAGAACCGUGAGCUGUACCCGGUGAUGCCAUCACCAAAAGGGUCACAUUGGCUGGACUACAUCAAGCACCGAAUCAAGAUGAUGAAGCAUGGAAUCUGCGCUUACUCGACUGCCAAGUACACUCGACUCGCCUUGGACAAACACAUCAAAAGUAGUAGUGUUGUCGACAAUUGGGUGGAAAAGGUUACCGAUAAGCAGCCGACUUUGUUUCUUUUUGGUGCUGAUGGCGAAGUACCACCUGACAGCCGAAUAAGUAUCAAAAAGCACGUGCGGUGUCCAGGGGUUCGUUUGACUUUGAGGUCAAUAAAGAAACGUCGAGAUUGUGCCAUAGAGCUGGUGGACGAAUGGGGAUCAUCUCAAACAGACGCAAGAUGUAUGAAGCGAUUCCAAAACCAGCCCAAAUCGGCCAGAUUCAAGAAAUGCCGGUGCAUACCCGACGCCAGAACAUUGCUGCCAAUAAAAAUUGUGUCAAAGUUGGGCAAGAAGGAUCUAUCGGAAUUUCGAUUGUUGCAACGCGCCAUGAACGAAGCAUUGGAAGAAAACGAGCCUUUAUUGUCAAAAGUAAAAAGUUACUAUAAAAACUGGCAAUUAAACCUCGAAUGCUCUGUGACUUGGCAUCGUGACGUCGUGGCUGCUAAGAACAUUCUGCUGAAAGGACUAUGGACAUUGCUAGGACUUCCGAUACCGGAUGCGAUCAAUAGAUAUAAAGCCCGCGAUGCUGUCGCUGAGGCCGCCGAAGAAGCCGCUGAUGUCGCUGAAGCAGCUGCUGCUGCUGCCGCCAACGUAGAUAAUGAUGUAGAAAUGUUCGAGUACGACCAGCAGCCAGCUGAUCAUGCUGUCUAAUCAGCACAACGCAAACAAAAAAAAAAA